CGCGCGAGGGUUGUCGGGAUGCGGGCCGGAGCCAACAUGGAGCCCUCAAUGGGAUCAGGGUGAAGCUGUCGUUGCCGGCUGGUCCGGUUCUCCCCACAUCAUGCUGGUGCACUUGUUUCGAGUCGGGAUUCGGGGUGGCCCCGUCCCAGGCAAGCCGUUGCUACCCCUCCGCUUCCAGACAUUCUCGGCUAUCAGGUCCUCCGAUGGCCGCCCCAGCGCCUGCCUCCUCGGGGCCGUGGCCCGGCUGCGCUCCCAGCUCCGGGCCCGCCUCCCUCGAGCACCUCCAGCUCCCAUCCGGAGCCCCUCUGCCUGGCGCUGGGUUGGGGGAGUCCUCCUGGGCCCCCUGGUUCUGAGUAAGUGCCCCCGCCUCGGCCUUGUGGCACUGUGUGAGGCAGAAGAGGGCCCCCCGGCCCGCUCCAGACCCUGUGUCCUGGAGCCCCGCUUUAACUGGACGCUCUUCUGGCAGUUUCUGCGCCCCCACCUGCUGGUCCUGGGGGCAGCCGUCGUGCUGGCGCUGGGCGCAGCCCUGGUGAAUGUGCAGAUCCCCCUGCUCCUGGGGCAGCUGGUGGAGAUUGUGGCUAAGUACACGAGGGACCACGCGGGCAGCUUCCUGACGGAGUCCCGGAGCCUCAGCACCCACCUGCUCCUCCUCUACGGCCUGCAGGGCCUGCUGACCUUCGGGUACCUGGUGCUACUGUCCCGCAUCGGCGAGCGCAUGGCGGUGGACCUGCGAAGGGCGCUUUUCUGCAACCUGCUCCGCCAAGACAUCGCGUUCUUUGACGCUAAGAGGACAGGGCAGCUGGUGAGCCGACUGACGACCGACGUGCAGGAGUUUAAAUCCUCCUUCAAACUCGUCGUCUCCCAGGGGCUGCGGAGCUGCACGCAGGUGGCCGGCUGCCUGGUGUCCCUGUCCAUGCUCUCCACGCGCCUCACUCUGCUGCUGAUGGUGGCCACGCCUGCCCUGAUGGGAGUUGGCACCCUGAUGGGCUCAGCUCUCAGAAAACUGUCUCGCCAGUGUCAGGAGCAGGUCGCCAGGGCAACAGGUGUGGCAGAUGAGGCCCUGGGCAACGUUCGGACCGUGCGCGCCUUCGCCAUGGAGCAGCGGGAGGAGGAACGCUACGGAGCGGAGCUGGAGGGGUCCCGCUGUAAGGCAGAGGAGCUGGGCAGAGGCAUCGCCUUGUUCCAGGGGCUCUCCAACAUUGCCUUCAACUGCAUGGUCUUGGGCACCCUGUUUAUUGGGGGCUCCCUCGUGGCCGGGCAGCAGCUGACGGGGGGAGACCUCAUGUCCUUCCUGGUGGCUUCCCAGACUGUGCAGAGGUCCAUGGCCAACCUCUCCAUCCUGUUCGGUCAGGUGGUGCGGGGGCUCAGCGCGGGCGCCCGGGUCUUCGAGUACAUGACCCUGAGCCCCGGCAUCCCGCUCAGCGGGGGCUGCAGCCUGCCCCGGGAGCACCUGCGCGGCUCUAUCACCUUUCACAAUGUCUCCUUCAGCUACCCCUGCCGCCCCGGCUUCCCCGUGCUCAGAGACUUCAGCCUCACGCUGCCCCCAGGCAAGAUCGUGGCCCUGGUGGGCCAGUCCGGGGGAGGAAAGACCACCGUGGCCUCCCUGCUCGAGCGCUUCUACGACCCCACAGCGGGUGUGGUGACGCUGGACGGGCAGGACCUGCGCACCCUCGACCCCUCCUGGCUCCGGGGCCAGGUCAUUGGCUUCAUCAGCCAGGAGCCCGUCCUGUUUGGAACCACAAUCAUGGAGAACAUUCGUUUCGGGAAGGUGGAUGCCUCUGACGAAGAGGUUUAUGCAGCCGCCCGGGAAGCCAACGCUCACGAGUUCAUCACCAGCUUCCCGGAGGGCUACAACACUAUCGUGGGUGAGCGGGGUGCAACCCUGUCUGGCGGCCAGAAGCAGCGCCUGGCCAUCGCCCGAGCACUCAUCAAGCAGCCCGCCGUGCUGAUCCUGGACGAGGCGACCAGCGCGCUGGACUCGGAGUCUGAGAGGGUGGUGCAAGAGGCCCUGGACCGCGCCAGCGCCGGGCGCACCGUGCUCGUCAUCGCCCACCGGCUCAGCACCGUGCGUGGCGCCCACCAGAUCGUCGUCAUGGCCCACGGCCGGGUCUGCGAGGUGGGGACGCAUGAGGAGCUCCUGAAGAAGGGCGGGCUCUACUCAGAGCUCAUCCGGAGACAGGCCCUGGACACCCCGCCUCCGGAGCCGCCCCGAGUCCUUGGGCACCGGCACUCCAAGUCCUGAGAGGUCUGGUCACCGUUAGGCGUCCGUGGCCUAGACCAGGGCUCAGCUCAGGGGGCAGCCCCGCAGACCCAGCCCCCAGGAGUAGAGCCAGCGUGCUGGGUGGGGCGGCUCCCCCUGCUCAGAAUAAAACCCCGGGCCAGGCGCUGGGCUGGGAGGAGGCUGGGAUCAGCCAUCCUCCUGCCGCUAGGCUGCCCGCCUCCUGCUGGAGCUGAGAGUCCUUGGGCUGGCCGCACAGGGGAGGGGGCGGGCUCCCAGGCCCCACGCGGGCCCCCUCCCUUAGCCCAGCCCUUCUGACCCGUCUCCUCACCCUGCCACGCCUCCCCUCUACCUGACACCUUCACGGUGUCCCGGCCGCAGCUGCAAGGGCUCUUCACAAGUCAGCGUUGAGGGAGGGCAGUGGGGACUCACCCCAGUGUUCCUCCCACACCCGAGCCAUGACUUCGAGUUCCUCCAGGGACUCGUAACCCGUCUCUCAGACCCUGGGAGAAGCAGGCCACCCUCUGAGCCAACCCUUCAAACCCACAGCGCCGUCCUGGGCACAGCUUCCCUUCUCCUUGCCCCAUAACACAGUCCUUUAGAUGUCACCCCCCACUACCGCCGUCUGAACGGGACAGGUGCCCCACCUAGAGGGCUGGGGUCCACAGUCUCGGCAGGGGUCCACAGUCUCCCCAGGUGACAGACGCGAGGUG